AUGGAAGAAGAAGUUUAUAAUGACAUUUUAAAACAGUUACCUUCAUAUACGUUAUAUAAUAAAUUUAAUUCUGAGAUUAAGGAGGUAAAAUAUAACAACGCUUGUAAAAUACCUGAUUCAGUAACAAGUGAAUACAAGGAUAAUUGUAUUAAUCUUUGUAAAAAAGUUGCAAGAAAUUUAGAGGAUUUACAUAAAAAGGAUAAGUCAUGGAGUUAUGAAAACCGUUGUUCACAUUAUAAAUACUGGUUAUAUGAAGAAAUAAGAAAAUUUUUUAAAGAUGAUGCGAAACCAAAUGAUGUGGAAGCAGUUAUUACCGAAUUUCUUAGAGUUCAAUCCCUUCUUACUACAGAUUAUCAAAUAUUAAAUUGUGAUUAUAAAUUUUCACAAACAAAUUUACAGGAAUUGAAAAAUAAAAUAGAAGAAAAAUAUAUGUUUGAUUACUUUACAAAUUAUGAACAUAUUAAAGCUAAAGAAACUUGUGUUAAUGUAGAAAUUGAUAAAUAUAAAAAAUAUCUUAAUUCUAUUCUUGAAUUAUACAAUAGUAAAAAAAGGGACUGUUGUGUGGAAAAAAUAUCGAAGUGUCCAAACUACUUUUUAAAUUGUGAUAAUGAAUUUAAUCCAAGUGAACUCAUAUCUAUAUUAGGAUCCUCGUAUGACGGAAAUUGUAAUGGACUAAAAAGUUUUGAAGGAACUAAAAUCUCUGAAGAAAAAUUAGAAUCUAGCGAUUUGGAACAAGAUUUUUUGGAUACAAUUCAUUUCACUAAUUGCCAUGUUAAGAAUAAUGACAAAGAAUUAUCAUGUGGUUUUGUCCGAGCAUCUGCCUUGACACGUAGAAAUAUGAUUGAUGUUGUAAACAGUGGACAGGAGAACGGCGAACGAUCCUAUUCAGAAGAUCGAACGUCUGUAUCGAGUAUACAUUCAAAACAUGCGGCACUACAUGAAGAAGUUAGAAAAAUAGCGGGUAUUAGUUCAGAAGAAACGAAUAAUCUGUCUACUCUUAAAAAAAAAGAAGGAGUUGAUCUUAGGUGGAACAUAAGCAAAGAUGGAACACUACGUUGUACUUCGGAGAUCCUAGAGAAAGAUACAUCAGGACCUUGCACAUAUAUGGAAGAAUUGGUUAAAGAAGGUAUUUUUAUAAAAUUAGAAAAUUCUUUGGGUUAUCGAUUAAAGAAGGGGGAGACGUGGCCUCCCAAAGCAUUAAAAAUAGUUAUUAAAAAAAAAAACCAAAGUCAAAUGGAGAAUUAUAAAUCGCAAAAAUUAGGAUAUACUGAACAUGCAUUAAUUUUAAAGCCUAAAGAAUUAAGGUUUUAUGAUAUCGAAAAUCCAAAUGCAGAAACCUACCCCGAAAAAGAUGCAGAAACGUAUGUAUUACAGAACACUUUUGUCCGUGUUUCCAUUGUAGUUGCUUUAGUAAUGGGAAUAAUUAUGGUUUUGUUCCUUUAUUUCAAAUUUACUAUCUUUGGAUCAUAUGUAGGUAAAAUUAAAAACAGGAAAAAAAGAUAUAGAAUUUAUUUGGCUGACUUAAAUACCCAAAGAUCCUCAAAGAGAUACAUAAAACGUACUUAUAGAAAUACCAACAGAAGGAGAUUUAGUGUAGUAAACAUAGAACAAUGA